AUGUUUGUGUUUGCAGUCUUUGGAAUGGCGAACUCCACUACCACUUCAAUAGUCUUGCCUGCUCCUGAUUCCUCCAUCCAACAACGACAAGUCGUGCCUAAGAGACAUGUCCUGCGACGUAUGAUUUAUGGGUUUACUUUUUCCCACAAAGAGCUUGUAGAGUGGGGACAGCAGCACUUUGGCGACACGGACGAUAAAGAAGUUUUGCGGCAAUAUGUCAGGAGGUCGAUGGGACCCCUAUUCACCCGCUGUUAUCGCCUAUGGCGACGGACGACGAGGCACAUCGUCACAUAUCAUAGCGGUCCUCGUCGGCACGAGGAGGAUUGGUGUCUUACCCUUGCGGAUAAUAUCUCUCGCGAUACUGCAAUGCCCCCUGCCAAAGAGGUCAUCGACAAAAUCAAGGAAGCCCUAGAGAUUACACGAGACCCCGAGUGGCAUCGCUUCCGCCUCACGCUCGUCGUUCCGCAGCUCUGGAACUGCCUCGCUAUAUUCAUGGACACGGACAACCACCAUCGCAGUAUGACGCACCCAGCUCUCCUCUUCUCUUCUUUGGAACUAACAAUUACGGGAUUAGGCACCUAUGGCAACUUGCAUAAAAUCAAGCCUUUCUUGUGGACGUUCCUCCAUCAGGAAAUUGAUGAAGUUCAGAAGUUCCAAGUACUGUACCACUACAUUGCAUGUAUGCGCGCCAUUCGUGACGCCUACAUUAACGAAUGCAGGGAUCGACGUAAUCUUUUUGACGAAUGCGGCCGACAGCUCGACCAACCGUCUAAUGUAGGUGCUGGGGCGAGCUGCCCGCGGCCGAGGCUAAGACGCGGGGUGUGGCGUCGUGGCGUCGCAGGCAUGAGGGGCAACGACGACGAGGACGCAGACGAGAGUGGCGACAGUGAGCAGGAGGAUAGUAGUGGAGAGGAGUCGGAUACUGAGAGUGGGGAAACCGAAGACUCAGAAGAUGACGAGGAUGAAGAUGAUACAGAAGGUAUGUUCUCUUUCACCUCAUUUGUGCACAGAGCCAGUAACUGA